AUGUACAGAACUACAAGAUCCCCAAUGAUGCAGCCCCUGGUCAACUCUGGCAUGGGCAUGGCUCCUUUCUUCAAGGUGACUGUGUUCGAGCAGGAGCAUUUCCAGGGCAAGUGCCUGGAGUUCACCUCCGAGUGCUGCAACAUCCAGGAUUGUGGACUGGACAACAUCCGCUCCAUCAGGGUGGAGAGCGGAGCCUGGGUGGGUUUUGAGCACCACGACUUCCAGGGCCAGCAGUUUAUCCUGGAGAGGGGAGAGUACCCCCACUGGGACGCUUACAGCGGCUCCCUCUCCUACCACGUGGAGCGUCUGAUGUCUCUGCGCCCCAUCUUCUGUGCUUCCCACCAGAGCAGUCGCAUGCUCAUCUUUGAGAAGGAGAACUUCAUGGGCCGCAGUUCUGAGAUCUGUGACGACUACCCCUCUCUGCAGGCCAUGGGUUGGAUGAUGCCCGAGGUUGGCUCCAUGCACGUGCAGUGCGGCGCCUUUGUGUGCUACCAGCACCCUGGAUACAGGGGCCAGCAGUACAUCAUGGAGUGUGAGAGGCACAGCGGAGACUACCAGCACUGGAAGAACUGGGGGUCCCACUGUCAGACCCCCCAGAUCCAGUCCAUCAGGCGCAUCCAGCACUAA